AUGUACGUCAUUCUGCAAGUAGGAUCGCAGGCCUACGCUCACCGGCUGUUCCUCUACGUCACGUCAACCACGCUCAAACUGUUCCCCCCGGGGGCGGUGGCGGGCGCGGAGGAGCUAGGGCCGCACACGGACCACCAUGGGGCGGCGCUGGUGCUGCUGCGCGGAUGCCGGUUGUCCCCCGCGAAGUUGGUGCAACUCGUAGAUUCCACCUUCCUCAGCAGGUGCGUUCUGACUCGACUCAAACACACCCGUUGUGCUGGUGCUGCUGCGCGGUUGCCGCCUGUCCCCUCCCCGGGGGAGUCGAUGGUGGGAUCAGUAGCACAGUGUGUGGACGCCCAAGCCCUCGCACAAGUCCAAGCCGAGCUCAUGGAGGGAAUGGGGGCAGCAACAAAGACAGGGGAGAGUGGUGGUACGCAGAAGGAGGGGGAGGAGGAGAGCAGAGCACGGGUGGUGGAGCAGCAGGAAGAGCAUCAGCAGCAGGAGCAGCAGCAGCAGCAGGAGCAGCAGCAGCAGCAGGAGCAGCAGCAGGAGCAGCAGCAGCAGCAGGAGGAGGAGGAGGGAAAAAGAAGAAUGCAAGAACAGACCCAAGGCACUGCUCCCUGUGUGUCCAUCCGCGUACAGGCCUUUCCCAAGCACUUUGAGCGAUGGAUUGCCACGCACCUGCCCCCCUCCCUCCCCCUCGACCCCAAGCGCUUCACGCACACCCUCAGUGCUGUUUCCACAGCUCCUCACUUCUUCCCCUUCCAUCCCCGCCAGCCCUCCGCACCCCCUUCCCUUACCCCCUUCGACCUGCUUCCCCCCGUGCCCCCAUGCUGUUGCAGCAGUGGCGGCGGAGAGGGGAAGGGGAAAGGACAGGGGGGAAGGGAAGGGGAAGGGGGAGGGGGAGAAAAUGAUGGGGGAGAGCGGGGAGAGGGGAGUAGGGGCGAGGAGCAGGAUGCUGCAAAGGGAGAGGACGGGGAUGGGCAGACAGCUGGUGGUGUCAGUCGCCUAUCUACCAAGGCAGAGCUCCCUUCCACCUCUGACCCCCAUCAAGCUUCGUCCUCUGAACUCCCUGAAAGCUCUCCCAACGACCCACCUCGUCGCACGCGCCGCGACCGCACGCCUCUCCCGCUCGUCCCUCCGGACCCGCGCAUCUUCUUCUCGCUGUCCCCCGCGCGCUCCAUGUGGCGCCUGGCGAGCGACCGCAAGGCGGGGAGCGACGGCUGCGCCAGCAGCGCUGUGAGCAAGCUGGAGGAGGUGCUGCACGUGGUGGGGUGGCAACUCAGGGGGGAUAUGACAGGUAAGAUCAAUCAAGGCCCAGGUAUGUUGCUCGAUGGAGCUCCCCUUGUAUCCUGCGCCAGCAGUGCUGUGAGCAAGCUGGGGGAGGUGCUGCACGUGGUGGGGUGGCGGCUGAAGGGAGAUAUGUCAGCCAUGGAUGUAGGAGCAGCACCGGGGGCAUGGACCGAGUAUCUGAGCGCCAGGGUGCGCCAUGUGCUUGCCAUCGACCCUGCAGCCCUCUCACCCGCUGUCACGGCCCGGGGGAACGUCACCCAUAUCAAAAAGAUGGUAGUUAAGAGCCCCCUCGCCUGCUGUCACGGCCUGCGGGAACGUAACCCAUAUCAAGAAGAUGGUGAGCCAGAGCAGCGGCAGCGAAUGAUGGAGGCUGUGGCGGCAGUGGCACCACACGCCAGAACCAUGACGGCCUUUGGAUCCGCGGUGGGGAAUGGGGGAGGGGGAAGGGGGGCUGGGGGGAUAAGGGCUCUGCAUAUGAGCUACGUGGCAGCAGGUCGCCUCGGUGCUUUCUUUGAGGAAGACCUCAAGCCAUGGGAUGUGGCAGCAGCUCACCUCCUUGUACAGGCACAUCUUCCCUUCCCUUACACAUGCCGAAUUGCAUUCGUUCUUGCCACUUCCCCUUCCUCUGACCACCCAUUAGAACCACUCGCAUCGCAAUUCCUCCCACCUUACAUCUCCUGGCUUAUCAGUCCCCCUGCCUCCUACGCCCAUUCACUCGUUUCCUCCCCUUUCAUCCCACCUCCUCCCCCUUCCCCACCUUUCCUCCCCCUUCUUCCCACUUCGUCCCCCUUCGUCCCCCUUCCACCUCCUUCCCCCCCCUUCCCCCCCCUUCUUUCCCUGCAAGCAGGAAGCAGGGGGGUGUGGUAA